AUGGCUCAAGGAAGUAGUAAAGAAGGGUCAGCCGAGAAAUUAGAAAAGAAGAAGAAGUCAAAUCAGAAGAAGAAAGUUACGAAGUUGCGACCCGGAAAACGAUAUUUUGCUCCCAAGCAGGAAAAGGUUCGUAAGCAGAUGGAGUUGAAGCAAGCCAUCACGAAGGUGGUAGGGAAGACGAUUGAAGAGGCGUGCGCCUCCAAAGCCUUCCAGCAGGAGGCAAACAAGAUUAAGCUUACCGAUUUGAAGGAGCGUGGAAGAGAACGAUUAAACGAUGCUCGAAAGAAAAUCCGAGAGGAGGAAAAGAAGAGGAAACAGCGAUUUAUUGUUCCUGAGAAGAAGGACAAUUGGGAACAGGAGUUUGAUGAAGAUUUGUUAUGGUAGCCAUUUUUUUUAGUGUUUUUUA